AUGGUAACACAACUGGGAGAGAGAAUUAUCACCAAUUGUACCUACGAAGUGCUGAUGAAUUCUACUGAUGGCCAACCGGUAAAAUUUGCAAAAGUCGGUGAUCGAUUGGUCCAUAAAUGGAGCUGCGACUCAGAAGAUUAUGGUAUGAUUGUUCAUUCAUGCUUUGUUCAUGAAUAUCGCGGUACAAGUUUUCAGCUUGUCGAUAAUCGAGGCUGUAUUACUGAUCCUACAUUAAUGAAUCAAUUGAUCUAUAGUGAUAAUCUCACUGUAGCGUAUUCCGUGGUACCAGCAUUCAAAUUUGCCAAUCAACUUACUCUAAGUUUUCAAUGCAAAGUGACACUUUGUAAUAAAGGACGAAAUGGUUGCGUUGGCAUUUCGCCACCCGACUGCAAAAUUGUUCCGACUUCAACUUCUAAACCUUCAAUUCCGUCUUUGACUCCUAUACCUCUUACUACAAUUUUAACUUCUGUACCUCAUACAACAGAAUUGACUUCUACAACUCCUAUUUUGACCUCGACUGUUCCAACUUCGACUCCUAUUCCGACUACACUUUCUAUUGUUACUUCAACUUUACCACCUUCAACAUUGACAACUCGGGUUAUUUUUGAACUGAUAUGCAAUCGUGUCAAACACGUAAUUCAUGCUGGAUUGGAGGAACAGGAUGAGCAUAUCACAAGCUCUAAAACACUAUUUGCAUCAUCGAUGUCUCGAGAUAUUGAGCACCUACCAUGCGAUGACGUGAAAGCCGAUCAUAGCUAA